GUUGUUGUUCUUGGUUCUCUCGGUUUGGGUGUGUUUGUGUGAGUGUGUAUGCGUACGCAUAGUCAUUCAACACACGGUAUGAUUUCAUUUGUAUAUGAUUGUUGCCGCAGCAGAGCAAGUUCAAGAGUUGCUUACACUCAGAGUUUGUAUGUUUUACGAUGGGCUUCUGUUGAAUCGAUCGUACACCUUCAGUCAUUAUCAUAUCCAAUCACUGCCUGAGUGCAUAGUGUGUUUGUGAUUAUUCUCUUGUUUUGUGUGCUGUGUGUCUCUUAUUUUUUUUGCUGCUGCUGCUGCUGCUGCUUGCUGCUCCACAUACCUUGUGUAGCCGAUUCAGACCAACGACGACGACGACGAACGAAAGACGAGAAAAAUAAAACAACACACUCAACAUCCAACAACGAAAUAACAAGAAAACCUGAAACACAAAACGGAUGAAAGAAAAGAAAAACCUCUAAUUAACGAAGAUAAGGUGUAAAUAUUUAGAUAAACGAAUGCAUUGUUGGUUCACGAUACCGCAUUCUUAGAAACAAAUAAAAACAAGACAGCGAGAGAGAGAGAGAGAGAGAGAGAGAGAGAAACACUAUCAACAGCAUGGAGAACCGAAAUCAAUAUCAAAAUAUCGCCGCGAUGAGUAUGCAUAAAAAUGCGUUGUGUUCCAUGCAACCAAAAUAUACGGAUCAACAACGUCGCUUGUCAUCGACACCAUUGCAAUUGAACAUCGAUGCGCAACAGAGUCAAUACAACGAGGAUUUGCUGCCACCACCAAGCCCAGUCAGUUCAUCGUACAGCGAAUUGAGACGGGCCACCGAAAAUCCAUAUCCAACAAUGCCAAUUUAUCCAUCUACAUCACAACAUCCACAACACACAUACGCUAAUAUAUACCAAUCGGACUAUACAUACGCCUCGUAUCAACCAUCCAGUAUGAGGCCCAUUUAUCGAACGCCAGAGUCAGUGGAUCAAACGCAAGUUUCGUCUCCAUAUGAGUCCAUUUAUGAGCCGAUCAAUUCACGUCCUCCCAGCCAAAUGUCCAAUCGAUCUAAUUAUCCGUCAUAUGGAUCGUCAUCGGCCUAUGUGAACGGUGGUAGAAGUAGCAACAGUAGCAUAAGUGGUAGUAAUCUUCAUUUGGCGCCAACGAAAACCAAUCCUGCCAAUAAAACACUAAUUGCGUCCGGUGCGGGGGUUGGUGCAGGCAGUGCCGGUGGUAAAAAUUUCCGUGAAGCAGAAGUCGAUGUGCUCACCGAAUUGCUGGUUCAGUCAAUGAAUAUGGGUGCCGAUACGGAUACGUUUGGCAUUUGUGUGCAGUGUGGUAAAAAAGUGGUCGGCGAAGGCUCUGGCUGUACAGCCAUGGAGCAAAUUUAUCACAUUGAAUGUUUCACAUGCUGCCAAUGCCAAAUCAAUCUGCAGGGAAAACCAUUCUAUGCACUCGAUGGAAAGCCUUGCUGUGAAGACGACUAUUUGAAUACGCUGGAAAAGUGCUCGGUGUGUGUUAAACCAAUUUUAGAGCGUAUCCUUCGAGCCAAUGGAAAACCAUACCAUCCGAAAUGCUUCUGUUGUGUUGUAUGUGGCAAAAGUCUGGAUGGCGUACCAUUCACCGUUGAUGCCACCAAUCAAAAUCAUUGCAUCGAAGAUUUCCAUAAGAAAUUCGCACCACGUUGCUGUGUAUGCAAGUUACCAAUAAUGCCAGAGCCAGGUGAAGACGAAACAGUACGAGUCGUCGCCUUGGAUAGAAGUUUCCAUGUUGAAUGCUAUAAGUGCGAAGAUUGCGAUAUGCUGUUGUCAAGUGAAGCUGAGGGUCGCGGUUGCUAUCCACUUGACGAUCAUAUAUUGUGCAAGGCAUGUAAUGCAAAACGCGUCCAAAUGCUGACUAGUCGCAUGACCACCGAAUUGUAAACCGAAAUUCAUACGACGCACGCACAAAAAAAGACAAAAUGAAUUUAAAAAUAAAUAUGCCAUGCAACAAGUUUAAAAGCGAGUAGCAAAAAUAUCUUUUAGAGGAAAAACAAAUUUUUUUUCGGUCAAAACAUAAUAAAAACAACAACAAAUUAUGCUUGCUAUACAUAUAUAAAUAAAUAAUCGUGGAGUGCGAUAUAAAUGUGAUGAUGAAGCAUUCGAGAGAAAAAAAAACAUUAGUUUAAGCAUUUAUUAGGCUAACAACAGACACUGUUGGUGGUGACCUGUUUAUCAAAAACAAAACAACGGGAAAAACAGCACAAAAAAACAAACGUCAAUAACCUCCAUAUUCCAAUAAUAAAACUUUAUAUAAUGAAUGUUGAACAUAAUUUUUUUUUAAAUUUUAUCUCUUUACAAUAAAAGUAAAAUGAUAAAUUGUAUACACAA